UGGAAACCGCCAUGUGGUCUCUUCCCAUCUGCCCUGCUGAUGGCUUAGUAAAUUUUACAUAGUGUGACUCACUUGAAGACUGUCAAGAUCUCAUGGAAAGUAACAUUACAGAAUUUAUUCUGACUGGUCUGUCCCAGAAUGAGGAGGUGCAGCAACUUCUUGUCUUUUGUUGACAUUUGCUACUCUUCUGUCACUGCUCCCAAGCUGAUUGUGGACUUCCAAGCCAAAGUCAAGACUAUCUCCUUUGUAGGUUGCAUGGCUCAACUCUUUGGGGUCCAUUUCUUUGGCUGCACAGAAAUCUUCAUCCUCACAGUAAUGGCCUAUGACAGGUACGUGGCCAUCUGUAAGCCACUACACUAUACAACCAUUAUUGAUCAAAGAGUCUGUACUAUAUUGAUGGUGAGUUCUUGGGUGGGAGGCUUUAUUCAUUCUAUUGUACAGACCCUUCUCACUGUCUGGCUGCCCUUUUGUGGUCCCAACCUGAUUGAUCAUUAUUUCUGUGAUGUUCAUCCCCUCUUGAAGCUGGCCUGCAUAGACACUUAUGUGGUGGGGGUUAUUGUGGUGGCCAAUAGUGGCAUGAUAUCCUUGACCUGCUUCAUCAUUCUUGUGGGCUCCUAUGCUGUUAUCCUGUUCUCCCUCAGGAAGCACUCUGCAGAGGGGAGGCGGAAGGCCCUCUCCACCUGUGCUUCCCAUGUCAUUGUGGUAAUUUUGUUCUUUGCUCCCUGUAUCUUCAUCUACUUGAGGCCCUCAACCACUUUCACAGAAGAUAAGAUGGUCGCUGUGUUCUACACCAUCAUAACCCCUAUGUUGAACCCAUUGAUCUAUACCCUGAGGAACGCAGAGGUGAAAAAUGCCAUGAAGAAGCUAUGGAGCAAGAAAGUGUUGGGAGAGGCAAGGAAAGACCGUAAAUGAGAAUUAACCAUGAUUGUACCCACGACUGUAAAGUUGGGAGAAGAGCUUUCUAGCAAUUUCCCUUUAAAUCUGUCCUUCAUUUGGUCUAGUAAACAUCUUGUCAUUUUAU